AUGAGGCUAACUCCACCGGAAGAGAGGACGGUGGAGCAAAUGACGCAUCAGAACAUAAAACCACGAGACAUUCUUGCUGCCAUUAAAGAACAGAACCCCCAUAACGUCUCAACAAGAAACACCAUAUACAACGCUCGGGCCAAAUUGGGUCGAAUGGAACAAGUCGGUGAGACUCCAUUGCAGAUCUUUUCGACCGGUUGGAGAAGGUUGGACUCCACCUACAAGACGAAUCGGUACAAAAUGCCGCUAGUCCAGAUUAUCGGUGUUACAUCCGCGUUGAUGUCGUUUUGCAUUGCUCAUGCGUUCGUAAGCAACGAGAAACAGGAAAACUUCACAUGGGUUCUACAGAGGUUGAAACACUCCUUAGACAGUGUUAUGGAACCCCGUGUAAUAGUAACCGAUAGAGAUCGCGCCCUAAUGAACGCAUGUGCAACCGUGUUUCCCAAGGCUAGACAUUCAUUGUGUAGGUGGCACAUACAGCAAAACAUAUUCAAACAUUGUAGGCAAAGCUUUCAAACAGAUGAUAGCUGGAGCAGGUUUCUUUACAAGUUGGGCGAGCUAAUUAACUCAACGACCGAUCAUGACUACAACUACUGGUACAAGCGAAUACGAUCAAGGUUGCCACGUAAAAAAAACGACGGUCAAAUGAUCCCGUUGGAGUUGAUAGACCCUUUUUGGAGAAAGUUAAAUUUGGACCCCAUACUGAAACCGAGCAAGGUGGACUCUUUCGACUUAGACGGCGAAUUUGUGCUUCUCAAACUACAUUUAAGUGCCAAGCCAAGAGAAGUCAAGAAAAACCUACUUCAAAAGAUGAAGGACUUGCUACAACUCAAUAAGACGAAGCUCAAACAACCAGUUGUGCAAAAAAACACACGGGGUCAUCCAACUUUAAAAGCUCAGGAACAAAGGAAGGAUGAUUCGUUUACGGAGCCUUCAAGACAUAGCUUGUUUACAACGCAAGGCGAGCAUAGUGAUUCACCCGUUGGGUUAGGCACACAAGAGUCAAUCAUCGAACCGUCCAGGCACAACUCGUUUGUCGAAUCACAAAGUUAUUGUGCUGAAACAGCUAUGUUCUUCGGCGAGAUUGCGAACGGCGCUAAGGAUUCGAAAACGAAAAAGAAGGUCGCAAAAUCAAAGGAAGAGCAACCAGACUUACCUUUGCUGCCUGUCGGACUAGUUAAUAUGUUCAUGCACUUCAAAAAGUUCAUUCCACCUUGCUUCUAUCAACACCUCAGUCACAUACAAAAUGUGCAGGGUGAUGGUAAUUGUGGGUUUCGAUCUAUAGCGGUCGGCCUAUCGCUUAAAGAGUGGGACUGGUCGUUCAUACGGGCGCAACUUCAUGAUGACUGCAACCGGUUCCACGAAUUAUGGAAAAUGAUAAAUGGACCUGGUUAUCAAAAUGUUCUGGAUUCAUUAGAUUGGACUGGUAUAAGCGGAGCACCUGAACAUAAGUGGCUACAAAUGCCUUUCACGGGGCUUCUGAUAGCAAACCAGUGGAAUGUCGUUUGUCUCUUAUUAAGUGACCUUGGUUGUGCUUCAUUUUUUCCCAUGUUCAGAACAGCCGAAGAAAGUAUUCCGCAUCGAACAGCCGUGCUUGUACAUGUAAACACGAACCAUUUUAUUCACGUCAGAUUAGAAGGGGAAUAUCCAAUGCCAACCCCAUCAGGAUACUGGCGACAUGCGACACGGAAUACGCCAGCAGAAAGUUGGUAUCACUAUUACAGGGAACGUAUUGACCAAUAUAAUAGGAUCGUUGAUGAAUACAGGACCAGGGAUUACGUGGAUUUAGGUACCCUAUGA